ACAAAUACCUUAUUUGGAAUUAGUGAUAAGUGAAGGUUUUUAUAUGACUCCAUAGUGCUAUAAAGAAUAUUUUAAAAAGUCAUAAAAAUAAUAAUAAACAUUCCACAUAAAUGCAUGCAAACAAGUUUUGGAACAACAUGAGGAUAAGUAAUCAAUGAAAUAUGAUGGUGAACUAUCUCUUUAAAAGUCUUGGAACACUUCAGAUGAGUCACAUCUCAGGAGGUUCCUGCAUGUUUUCCAGAUUUCACAGGGGCACUGUUUAUAUGAAUUGUUGUCAAGGAACAGAAGCUUUUGGGGAAAAUUUUAUUGUCCUCCAAACAAUCUCUCAGCAUUCAUCUCCAAAACACGUAAACAUGAGAAAAGAGUAGAGAGUUUACAUUGCUUAACUCAAAAAUAUAUUAUAAAGUUUAUUUAUUAUAUUUGUAUACUAUAAUACAACAGGUGUACUAUAAAUUUAUAGUAGAUUUAUGGCUGUCCUGUGCUAUACAGGGUGUGUGCAUGCGUGUGUGUGUGUGUGUGUGUGUGUGUGUGUGUGUGUGUGUGUGUGUGUGUGUGUGUCCAGUCAGGCAUCAGAUUGUUAGGACCGUGAUAUUGCACAGGACUGAAGUCAGUCAGAACAGAAUGUGCUCCAUACAGGAGACAUGAGCAUGUGGAUACUCCCUAGAUUUGCAUAACAGGCAAGGUUAGAUAUGAAUGAAAGCAUGGCCAAAGGGUUUUUUCUGUGCCUUCUGCUUUGGCUGCUUGCACCUGCGGCCAGAUGCCAGAACAGAAGACAGUCUGGAGAAACACUGAACCUCACCACAAAACAGGACAAUGAGUUAGUAUGCACACUAGAGAUCGCAUUCAUCCUGGACAGCUCAGAGAGUGCGAAGGGCCUUCUGUUCGAUCGAGAGAAAGCGUUUGUGCGCUCCUUCAGCAAGCGAGUGGAACAGAUGCAGGUGUCUGACUGGCAUCUGAAAACCCGUAUGGCGCUCAUCUUCUACAGCAGCUCAGUCCAUAUCGACCAGCACUUCAAAGACUGGCAGGACCUUGACGUCUUCCUGAGCAGAUUGGCGGAUGUCAUCUACAUCGGCCAGGGAACGUAUUCCACAUACGCCAUAUCCAACGCCACUCAACUCUUCACCAGCGAGACCAAGGAGCAAAGUGUGAGGGUCGCCCUGCUCAUGACCGACGGCGUUGACCAUCCGCGGAAUCCUGACAUCAUGAUGGCGGUCACCGAGGCAAAAGGUCACAACAUAAAGAUCUUCACAAUUGGCUUAUCAAACUUGGCAAAGGACAACGUGAACAGUGCCAAACUGCGGGUCGUAGCGAGCAGCCCAGCGCAGCAGUACUUCCACAGCCUCACUGACCCCAAACUGGAGGAACGGCUCCUGCAGCAGCUCGAAAUAAUUGCAAAGAAUGAAUGUCCUCGGCCACCGGUGUGUUUGUGUGAGAAAGGUGAACGCGGUCCUCCAGGAGCUCCUGGUAAAAAAGGAGAGCAAGGUUAUGAAGGAGCACUUGGUCAAAAAGGCUCAAGGGGAGAAACAGGAGCACCCGGUCUUCCAGGAAUCAAUGGUCCAGAGGGAAGACCUGGGUUCAAAGGUGAUAAGGGAGAUCAAGGUAACUGUGGACCACCAGGACAAAAGGGACAUAAGGGCACCGAAGGGCCUCCAGGGCUGAGGGGCCCCAGAGGAGAGCAGGGUCUGAAAGGGCCUCCAGGAGACCAAGGACAUGAGGGUCUAGCAGGACCUAAAGGCGAUCGAGGGCCGAUUGGUGCAUCUGGCCCACCGGGAGAUAUUGGAGUCGGAUUCCCUGGUCCAAAGGGAGACAAAGGGAACCCAGGAAGACCAGGUCUUCCUGGUCAGGUCGUCAUAGGUCAGCCAGGACAACCUGGUCCUUCAGGUUUACCAGGAGCACAGGGGAACCCAGGAGCUCCAGGCGAAGGACUUCCUGGGCCAAAGGGUGACCGCGGCUAUGUCGGAACUACAGGUGGACGUGGACCCCCAGGUUAUGGAAUUAAAGGUGAAAAGGGUAAUGCGGGACCUCCUGGAUCAUCUGGACCAUUAGGAAUGCCUGGCAGGGGGAUUCAAGGAGAGAAAGGGAAUCAGGGACCAGCCGGUCCUACUGGUCAAAGAGGGAAUCCUGGGAUAGGACUCACAGGACCAAAGGGAGAACAGGGUUUUCCUGGAGAACGUGGAGCCCCUGGAGAAAGAGGAAUUGGAGAACCAGGACCCAAAGGUGAACCUGGAUUACGAGGUUUACUAGGUGAGGCAGGUGUACCAGGAGAAGAUGGAGUCAUGGGACCAAAGGGUGAUAUAGGCUUACCAGGACCCAAAGGACAAGACGGACCUCCUGGAAGAGGCCUGCCAGGAGAGAAGGGGGUUCGAGGGGAGAGAGGCUCCAGAGGCCAACCAGGACCAUUGGGACCAGUUGGGCCAGCAGGGGCAAAGGGAGAACCAGGGAAUGUUGGGGUUCCAGGUGUUUCUGGGCCUCCAGGAAGGGGCAUACCGGGACCUAAGGGAGAUCCAGGGCCGGUCGGUCCACAAGGUCCUGCUGGAGAACCAGGGAUAGGCAUUGCAGGGCCGAAGGGUGAAAUAGGGUUGCGAGGACCCAUUGGACCUCCAGGGCUGAAGGGAGAAGGCUAUUCUGGCCCACCUGGGCUACCAGGUCUGCCAGGUCUUACAGGAGAGACUGGGCCAGAGGGAACAGGUUUACCUGGACCAAAGGGGGAUCGAGGCCCUCCAGGUUCCCCAGGGCCUGCUGGAGCACCAGGUCUUGGGCAAGUGGGCCCAAAGGGCUCCAUUGGUCAGACUGGUCCAGCUGGUCCUCCAGGAUUACCAGGAGAGGGCAUACAAGGACCAAAGGGUGCUCCUGGAUAUCAGGGUUUACAGGGGCCAAGAGGGCUUCCUGGAGAGGGUCUGCCGGGGCAGAAGGGGGAUCGUGGGUUACCCGGAGCACAAGGACGUAAAGGAGACAGGGGAGGCCAGGGAGAACCAGGAUCUACAGGACCACUGGGUAAUACAGGAAGAAAAGGAGAACCGGGUCUCACGAGAGAGGAGAUAAUCGGCUUAAUCCGAUCUAUUUGUGGCUGUGGCCGGAUUUGCAGAGUACGGCCUCUGGAGCUGGUGUUUGUGAUUGACAGCUCGGAAAGCGUCGGCCCAGAAAACUUUCAGGUCAUUAAAGACUUUGUGAACACCUUGAUCGACCGUGCGUCAGUCAGUCCCGAGGUCACGCGAGUCGGCGUGGUUCUCUACAGCCACAUUAACCUGGUGGUCACAAGCAUACAAGAGCGCUUAAGUCGUGAUGAAGUGAAAGCAGCCGUACGCAGGAUGCCCUACAUUGGGGAGGGCACUUACACAGGAAGUGGCAUCAGAAAGGCCAAUCAGAUCUUCCGCUUUGCUCGGCGUGGUGUGAGGAAAGUGGCUGUGGUCAUCACGGACGGCCAGACGGAUCAUCGGGACACGGUGAAGCUGGAGGAUGCGGUCAGAGAGGCCCAUUCGGCCAAUAUCACCAUGUUGGUUAUAGGAGUGGUGAAUCAAAGCGACCCCAUCUAUGAUGAUUUUAAGCAGGAGCUGAAGUCAAUAGCAUCGCCACCUGCCGAAGAGCACGUGUUUUCCAUAGAGGACUUCAGAAUGCUUCCUGAAGUGGAAAGUAAACUGCUUCAAGAGAUCUGUGAGAACAUUGAUGGAUCGAUAUUCAGCACUACCUCCAAGCCAGGUGCAGUUGGAGAGUUGUUCCCCUACUAUGAUCCCAAAGCAGACGGCACUGACAUUAUAGGCACCAUAGCACCAUAUUUGGAAAGAGACGAGCUGAACCUCCUCCCAGAUUUCUCUCUCACGUCUUUGGAUCGGCCCGAACAGGACACAUACGGGACUGAGCCGCCGCUGCUCAUACAGGAUGAUUUUAUUGCAGACGAGGGAUGCCUACAGCCUCUGGAUCCCGGUCCGUGUCGAGAGUAUGUUGUUAAAUGGUAUUUUGAUCCAAAAGCCAAUUCAUGUGCUCAGUUCUGGUUUGGAGGUUGCCAAGGCAACAAAAACCAGUUUGACACUCAACAGGCCUGCAGAAAAUCCUGUGUGAAAAUGUGAUGAGUGAAAUACUCCAGCAUGUACAUGUCUGCAGGCCGCAUGUAAUGAAACGAGAUCACAAAAUCUGCACAGCAGUCAGGACCCUGAAGAAAGACAAAAAUCAGUAAACAUCAUGUUUUGAGUAAUCUUAGACGAUGCAAAAGGGUCAUUAUACACAAGUCAAACUAUAAUGUACACAAUUCCUAUAUACAUAUACGACUCUUAUUUUUAAUAUUUACAGUUAUUUUAAUGUUUAAAUUCGAGCAUGACUAUACUGCUCUAUUAUGCUGCUGAGCGAAGAAACAGAAAAAAAACAUUUGUUUUGAUUGUCAUUGUAAAAUGAAGUUCUGACUAACUGAAAUUAUAGUUAAAAUAAUAAAAUUAAAUAUAUAUAUAUAUAUAUUUACACUUAAAAAUCAGUCAUUUUAAUGUAAGUAAUUGUUUAUGUUGUAUCAAAAAACCAAAAGGACUUUUAUGUUAAACACUUUAUUCAACAUGAAACAAUGUAUGCAAACCAUUUUCUGUAAAAUAAUGUAUUUCUGAGUGAAACAGUAUAUUCAACAAGAAAAUGUAGGGUGGGAUUUAAUCAAACUGGAUAAAACAUGUUUUCUGCUGUAAGUAUCUGUAUGUUUGUGUAGAUUGAAACUGAAUUUUACAUUAAAUAUUCAACACAUUGGACUUGAUUCUGAUCAGUGUUAUUUCAAUACCAUUGAGAUACUAAUAUAGUUUUUGUUAAUAUUUUGAAUUAGUUUUUAUUUGUACAUUUUCUGUUUUCAUUUGAA